UCACGUCAGUGGUGUCCUCGUGUCAGUACUCAGUCUGUGUGUGGCAUAACGCGCGACGGAAGAAGCGGGCUAGCUUGUGUUUUAUUUCACAACUCCGGACUUUUUCCCCGCCAAGUAGUGCUAUUACCUAACAUCCAUCUAUAGGACACAUUGGAAUCCACUUUGACUACUACUGGAUUUAAUAUACUCUUAUAUCGAAGGGGGUUCCAUAGUCCUGCUGAACGGAGUACGUCCACAGCCUCGGGACCACGGAGGUCGAAACACAGCACAGUGGAGGAGCGAAAAGAGGACGGAAAGGAAAAGGGAGCGGAUAUUUUUUCUUUUUAUUUUAUUUUUUUGCUGCGGUGACUUUUGCGAAUGAAGGAUAUACAACGACCUAAGAGUGGAAUUUAAAAAUUAACAAAAGGGGGGCGAGGGAGGCAGUGGAGACAAAGGUAAAGGAGAAGCGAGAGCUUCGAUGCCGGGUGACUGAGCGCCUCGCAGCCGCGAACGGUACUUUGUCCGGGGCCGUCCCGUGCCACCCGUGGAAGGUUCUGGUGACUGGUGGUGAUUGGCUGCACUCGGAUUACUUGAGGAAAAACGCAGGAAAACAACGGGUUCCCUCGCGUGAAGGGCAGAUAUGUAUCCACAAGGCCGGCAUCCGGCGCCUCACCAGCCAGGGCAGCCUGGUUUCAAGUUCACCGUGGCAGAGUCUUGUGACAGAAUCAAAGACGAAUUUCAGUUCUUGCAGGCUCAGUAUCACAGUCUUAAAGUGGAAUACGACAAAUUGGCCAACGAAAAGACCGAAAUGCAGCGGCACUAUGUCAUGUACUACGAGAUGUCCUACGGGCUCAAUAUUGAGAUGCACAAACAGACUGAGAUUGCGAAACGUCUCAAUGCAAUCCUGGCUCAGAUAAUGCCAUUCUUGUCUCAAGAGCACCAACAGCAGGUUGCUCAAGCUGUUGAGCGAGCUAAACAGGUGACGAUGACCGAGCUGAAUGCUAUCAUCGGGGUACGUGGACUUCCCAAUCUGCCUCUCACUAAGCAGCAGCCGCCUCACUGUUUCUAUCCAACCUUCAUGCAGCAGCAGCUACAGGCCCAACACCUCUCCCACGCAGCGCACGGGCCACCUGUGCAGCUGCCCCCGCACCCAUCAGGUUUACAGGCACCCGGCAUCCCCCCUGUGACGGGUGCUGGCUCUGGUCUGCUUGCGCUUGGUGCUCUUGGCAGCCAGGCGCACCUGCCUGUAAAGGAUGAGAAGAACCAUCACGACCUGGAGCACAGAGAACGAGAGUCGAGCACGAAUAAUUCUGUGUCGCCAUCAGACAGCCUGCGGGCUGCAAGUGAAAAGCACCGCGGCUCAUCAGAUUAUGGCCUUGACCCCAAGAAACGUAAAGUGGACGAUAAGGACAGCAUGAACAGAUAUGAUAGUGACGGAGACAAGAGCGAUGACUUAGUGGUGGAUGUUUCCAACGAGGAUCCAGCCACCCCUCGCGUGAGCCCUGCUCACUCUCCUCCAGAGAACGGCCUGGAUAAAUCACGGGUUCUGAAGAAAGACGCUGCGCCCAAUAGCCCUGCCUCAGUGGCGUCCUCAGGAAGCACGCCAUCUUCCAAAGCAAAGGACCACGCCCAUAUGGCAAACGAUAAGUCAUCGACACCGAGCCUGAAGUCCAACACACCUACACCCAGAAACGAGGCCCCAACACCAGGAACAAGCACCACUCCUGGGUUGAGGCCUCUCACUAUGGGCAAACCGCCUGGCAUGGAGGCAUUAGCGGCUCCCGCCCUUCGCACCCCGCUGUCUAUUGCGGGUUCCUACGCCACCCCCUUUGCCAUGAUGGGCCAUCAUGAGAUGAAUGGAUCCCUGACCAGCCCGGGUGUCUAUCCUGGUCUGAUUUCACCUCAGAUGAGUGCAGCGGCUGCCGCCGCUGCUGCUUAUGGACGCUCGCCAAUUGCGGGGUUUGACCCUCAUCCCCACAUGAGAGCGCCAGGCCUGCCAACCAGCCUGCCUUCCAUUUCGGGAGGAAAACCGGCAUAUUCUUUUCACGUGAGUGCGGAUGGUCAGAUGCAGCCUGUGCCCUUCCCCCCAGACGCAUUGAUAGGCCCGGGCAUCCCGCGGCACGCUCGUCAGAUCAACACGUUGAGCCACGGGGAAGUUGUGUGCGCCGUCACCAUCAGCAACCCCACUCGUCACGUCUACACAGGUGGCAAGGGCUGCGUGAAGAUCUGGGACAUCAGCCAACCGGGCAGCAAGAGCCCCGUGUCCCAACUUGACUGUCUGAACAGGGACAAUUACAUCCGCUCCUGCAAGCUGUUGCCCGAUGGCCGCACCCUGAUCGUGGGCGGCGAAGCCAGCACGCUGACCAUUUGGGACCUGGCGUCACAGACGCCACGCAUCAAGGCGGAGCUUACCUCUUCUGCCCCAGCCUGCUACGCGCUGGCCAUCAGCCCCGACGCAAAGGUCUGCUUUUCCUGCUGCUCGGAUGGUAACAUCGCCGUGUGGGACCUCCAUAAUCAGACCCUCGUCAGGCAGUUCCAGGGCCACACGGAUGGAGCCAGCUGUAUCGACAUCUCGCAUGAUGGGACCAAGCUCUGGACCGGAGGCCUGGACAACACGGUCCGCUCCUGGGAUUUGAGAGAAGGGCGGCAGCUUCAGCAGCAUGACUUUACUUCACAAAUCUUCUCUUUAGGCUACUGUCCCACUGGAGAAUGGCUGGCUGUGGGCAUGGAGAGCAGCAAUGUGGAGGUGUUGCACCACACAAAGCCUGACAAGUACCAGCUACAUCUGCACGAAAGCUGUGUCCUCUCGCUCAAGUUUGCCUACUGUGGUAAAUGGUUCGUAAGCACGGGGAAGGACAAUCUGCUGAAUGCCUGGAGGACUCCCUAUGGCGCCAGCAUAUUCCAGUCCAAGGAGUCGUCGUCGGUCCUAAGCUGUGACAUCUCAGCGGACGACAAAUACAUCGUGACGGGUUCUGGUGACAAGAAGGCCACGGUCUAUGAGGUCAUCUACUAGAGACACUCUCACUCUACUUUCGCACUUCUACUGAGACUACUCUUGUCGCUGACCCUGCCAUCGAUCUGAAAAGUGGACCACAAGACUUUUAUCCACCCCUGACGACAUCCGCUCCAGGGAAGCUGAUUUUGACAGGGUGCCGCCCUUUUGUCGGAGGGUUUCACAUUUUUGCGUCUUAUUUUCUUUUGAAUUUCUUCUUUUUCAGCUAUUUGAGCAAAACCCACUGAAGCAGUGCUUCAGCCCUGAGAACCAUGGUCCACAAGUGUCUUGUGAAAAGUGUACAUAUUGGAUUAAAUACAAAGACAUUAUAUAUAUAUAUAUAUAUAUAUUAUAAAACUUAUAUAUAUUUUCAUGUCCUGGAUGUACUUGUGGUAUGGUUUUGGCCCUCACCGUCUUACUUCAUACGUGAGCGCAAAUCAUAGAUUAGAACUUUUGAACCGUAACUCACCUUCUUUGUUUCCUUGAAGCACAUUCUGUGGGUUGACCUUUUCAACAAGAUGCAGAGAAGCAGGACACCGUAAACUGGGACGUUGCGGAACAUUUGAAUGGCCUUUGUGCUCGGUGCUCUUGUGAGAUAAUGUCAUCUGAUCUACAUUGUGGAACCACGGACUCAGUUGUGCCACGGUAGGACCCAGUGAGAAAUGAAUCCCAAAAAAAAAAAGAAAAAAAGAGAAAGAAAAGAGACUGAGGGAGUUCAAUUGAUAGCCGAACCCUUGGACCUCAGUUGGCAGCAGAAGCACUGCAGCAGCCAUGAACUUAAUGACAAUGUGCUUUUAGCUAAUUCCACGUAACGAGGGAUGCAGAAUUGCACCAUUGUUUUCUUAACUUUUGGCUAAUGUCAAAAAGUUAAUUCGAAGCCAUUAGAAUCAGUCUGCCCCUUUUCUUUUGUCAAAUCUCAUUAAUAUUGCUCGAAUGUGUUUGGUCCAUCAUGCCUGGGAGGUUAUAGUCGUCUCUACCUUUCAGUCCUUGAGGAAAUGAUCAGUGCCUGUCCUUGAAGCUGCGGGAGGCAGAAAUACGUGAAAGACGAAAUCAAGUGUUUAUGUUGCCAUGAACGCUUAAGUGAAUCAGUCUGGUUUUUACACUGUGCUUCUGACAACGUCGGCCUUUCCUACAAAAAACAAAAAGGGGUGGCGGGAGGUGUGGGGGCAUUGCACUUCCCACGGCAUCACACCAAAGUAUGUAGCAAACGCUGUCAGCACUGUCAAGAAAUGUAUAGUUGUUAAUAAAUCAAUAAAACUUUUUUUUUA